ACACUCGUCGACUUUGUUGGAUGCGCAUCGUAAAACGUACCGUGUCAAUCAAAGAGAGUAAGAGACCAAAUGAGAUUUUGUUUUGUUUUUCGAUUUGGUGAAUUGUUUGGUGUUGCUUUGCGAAGAAAGGUACCAUUUUUUUUGUUGUUUGAAGAGUAUUUUUGUGAUUUUGGUCAGAUUUAGAAUAAAAUAUCGGGAUUUAUCGGGAUAUAAAAUCAUUUGGAAUGUGAAGUGCAUCAAAAAUCGAUUCAAUUUAAGGUAUUUUCAAUAGGAAUUGUGUUUUUUUACCAAGAAAAAAAGCGAAAUCAGCAAAAAAGCAGUUUUUAAUGGGAACAUUGCAUUGAAUUGAAUUGAAAUAGUAAAAAAGGUUCGAAUUUCAAGUGGAAAUCGAAAAAAAAAUCUCUGAACCAAGUUUGUGCUCGGUAAACGAAAAAAAGUGCCUCAAGCAGAAAAUAGCAAGCUUCAAGCAAUUGGUGCUGCCAACCAAAAAAAUCCAGUGGAAAAGUCUUAUUUGUUUCAUAAUUGACGCCAAAAAAGUAGCUAUUAACUCAUGUGGAUCAUCCAGAGGCGGUAUUAAGUGAUUAGUUGUUCACAUUCAGUAGCUUUUUGUUUGACGUAUGCGAUUGUUUCUAUUGUUCUCUGCCAGCGUUAGCAUAAAAUCAUCAUCGUUUGUCACACCAUAAAUCGAUCCAUCCGGUGGAAAAGUCCACUCGGUCAAUUCCUCUCACUUCAUACAGUUAUAUUACAUAAAAAAAAAACAAACUCGUGAUUCAUUCUAAGACAACAAAAGUCACAGUGAGUCGAAGCCAAUCGGUAUAAAGCAACAAUCGAUAAAUUGGCAAUUUGACUGGUCUUAUCGCAAUUGACUUUUGAUUAGACACACUAAACACCGAAACGAUAAAUUGUAUUUGUGUUUUAUUAUCAAAUUGACGUCGUUAUCACCACGAUUCAUCGCCGUUUUUUUGUUAGUUGGCGUUAAACAGUCGAUUGAUCGUGAAAAAGUUGCUCUAAAGUAGGAGAAAAAAAAUUGUUUUUCCAAAGAAUUUCACAACAGGCCAAUCUUAGGCACACGCGACUUAGAACAAGAAGAAAACUGAAUCUUCCGCGAACGACAAAAAAAAACAACAAGUUAAUAGCAGAUCCAUUGCGUGCUCUUCUUAUGAAAUGAACUAGAACUGCAUCUUGCCAGAAGAAAAGAAAAAAGAACUUGAUACAGUAAGAUCGUUUUUUUUUCUUGUUUUGAUUACCAUUCCCGAUUGGCUGCUGUUGCCGUUGCUUUCCAGAAUAAGAAUAACUUAACCACCCAAAACCAAGAGCGAAAGAGACGGAAGAAACCGUAAAUUAUACACUCAACAAUCAUCGCAUCAUCUUUUCAUUCGAUUUGAAGUGCAACAAAUCCAUUUAUUAGCUAAGUGGUAUAGCGCGAGAAACGGGAUUUUUUCAUCUUUUAUAUUCCAUAACUCGGUAAUAUUAUUACCGAUCGAACGAAUGAACGAAUAUAGUGAGUGUUUUGUUCUUGAAUCGAUCGCAUCGCAAUAUCGUCGACCCAAACCGAUAAAUACGAAAUUAAUCCGCGGUUCAAGAAUAUUUCGCGCGGCAUGAACCACAUUUUUUUUUUUGAUAACGAAAAUUAAUGAAAAAUUGUUUUGAAACAGACCGACCAUAAACAAAGAUAACAAAAGUGCAAUUUUGUUUCGAUAAAUAUUUCCGAAUAUAUAAAAGUGAUAUUAUCUAGAAAGACACACCGCAAGAAUAGAUGUAAACAACGUUGGUUGUUAUUAAAAUUUGGUGAGAAUUAAAUUUUGGGCGUGAGGAAUGGCGUCAACUUCGACAACGAGCACGGGUGCCGCCGCUGUUGCCGUUACGGCCAGUAAUGGUAGUCACAGCGAGAUUCCACCAUGGAAAAUUGAGUUGAUUCAACGCAAGAAGAAACUUAGUGCACUGAGUCCAACGCAAAGAGCUAUUAUGCAAUAUGACAUAAACAACGAUGCAAAUUCCGAUAAAACCCAUUGCGAUACCAAUGGUUUAGUAGCGGCAAAAGUGUACGAUUAUUCUCUGUAUUCAACGAGUCUGUUAAAAACGUCAGUCCAACAACAACAACAGCAGCAGCAGCAGACCCUGCAUCAAGUGAAACAACAAUCAUCAUCGAUCAGCGUAAUUCAGCAAAUAAGUUCUUCCAACGGCCAACGACAAAUGGAUGGAAUCGCUGAAAAUGGUAAUUCUGUGGCAGGUCAUUCACAUUUCCAGCCAAUAGCGACAGCGACACCAACAGCUGCUGCUGCCGAAACGGCGUUGAUCAUGAACGGCGAUGAUGGUAGCAUUCCAUCAACGGUGCUUCCAGUCUCACCGCAAUUUAACAGUGUAUCGCCGGAUGCGAUGACGCAACGGUUGGACGUGGUUGAAGUGGGAUCGACGCAACCAUCACCGCAACCGAUGACGCGAAAAUCGUUGGAAAUGAAAGACAAAUUCAUGUUGCACACAACGAAUCAGUUUCAUUCCAGGCAUGACAGCGAACAGAUCAGUAGCAGCAGCAGCAUUGAAAAUAUCAAUAACGUUCAAAGUGGUACGUCGUUCAGUUUAGUGAGUGAUCGAAAACAGCAAUUAGAACAAAUUGGAAAAUGUGCUAAAUUGAAUCAAAGUUUUGAUUCAGUCACCACAAAACAACUGCAACCGCCACAACAAAGUCCUGUGCUACAGAAAUUUUUGAAAACAAGUGAAAAACGUAGUAGUGUACCGAAUUGGUUUCCAUCGAAGCGAAACAGUUUAGCUUUAUUGGCCGAUCAACAAUUGGAGAGUGCAGCGAAUAAACGUAACGGUGGUAAAAUGGUUGCGAUGCAAGAGCUGGCCACGGCCACCAAUAACAGUACACCAACAUUCGAUGAUAAUUCAGAAGAAUUACAGUAUGGUCCGGGCAUUGUGUCGAAAUUACGAUGUCGAUAUUUGAGUUUGGCACUACGGCAAACGGUUAAACAACGACCAACUUUGGAUAAUUUACGGCGUGCCAAUUCGAUGAGCAAUUUACUCGAAGAGGAAAAUGUUGACAUUGAUGAAGUUGAUGAUCGAAAUGGUGACGCACACAAUAACAGCACCGAUAAUCCAAACAAUUCAUACAUUCAUCAUUACAAUGAUAACAACAAAAUUAAUUCAAAUGGCAUGCACUCGGCUACGGCUGCGAUUGUUGUUAGUACGGUUAAAUCACAAAUGGAUUAUGACACAAGCUAUACAAAUGGUAAAUGUGAACAAGAGCCAAAAAUCGAUAUUUCACGUCGUCAAAUUCAACGUGGCAAUGAUUCAUUGAAACGGGCCCGUUCGGUUGAGGCACUCAUGCGUUACGAUACAUUGGCAUGGCGUCGUGAUGUUCUCGAAGAUUCUGAAGAUUAUCCAAGCAGCAAUCCAAUCAUAUUGGAUGAAAUUAUUGUGAGCGAUUAUCAAUCGACGGUGAUCAAAGCAAAAACUGCCGAUUCAAUAACAAUUGAAGAUAAAAUUCAACAGGCUCGUGAUCGUAUGAUGGAUCCCAAGCCACCGAAACGUUUGACCUCAUUUAUGAGUGAAACCGAACGACCACCGCCCGAUUUGGUCAAACAAACCCUAUUGAAAUUUGAAGCAUCGGCCAAUAAACGAACACGCACCAUUCAACGGUAUGGUAACGGUGAUGUGGCUGCAAAAGUUGCGACCUAUAAAUCAAAACUGUCGCAGGAUAAAUCACCACCAACGGUGGCUGCUGUGUCGGUAUCACCGCCAAUCGUAAAAUUGCCACCGUCCGGUUUUGGGAUGAAAAAACCAUUGAUUAAACCACGUACAACUAGUCCAAAGCCGGCAUUUUUAAAUGGCAUCAAAGACAAUCCAUUGUCAAAGAAACCAAUUUAUACCAAAUCGAUUGAACUGGACACAACCAUUGAACAUGCACAAAAUUUCAAUGGAAAUGGUUUAAAAUCAACCAACGAUCCGAUCGUUGAACGUAUGAAUCAAAAAAAUAUUCCACAAAUUCGCAUCGAUCCAACCGCAUAUCGUAGUAAAUAUGAAAUGUCAUCGCCCGAUUCAUCGCCAAAUGAAGAUAAUAGCCCAUUGCCAAGUUAUGUAUUUGAUAUGGUUCGACGACGUGAAGCGAAUCAUACAAUUUCGCCAUUAGUUUCACAAUUGGCCGGACAAACGGAAAAUUUAGUAUUGUCCACACCAAAAUUACGAAAAUCGGAAAUUGCAUUCAACACCACCGACGAUUCGAGCCGUCAAAAUUCAUCGGACAAUGAUGAAUUGGAUGAUGUAACCAGCAACAGCAGCGAAACAGGAUGGAGUGAAAGUUAUGAUGUGAAUAUUAGUGAUAAUAAUGAUGAUAGUGAUGUGGAUGAGAAUUUUUUAUCGUCGAAAAAACCACCGCCAAUACCGAAACAUGGCCCAAAAUUAAAUGGUAGCACAGUGAUUAGUGUGCAGCCAACACUGAAUGGCAAUAAAUCGUUGGAUUUACAUCAACCAGAACCAAGUGUACGACAAAUUGGUAUUAUUCGACCAUUGAAUCAUGAUGCAGCCGUUACGGCAGCCGCUUUAAAACCACCAAUUCCAAUUGCACGAAAACUUCCAUCGCCAUCAACACCAACGUCACCGAAAAAAGACGCAAACGAUGCAAUUAAGGUGUCAGUUGCAGCCGCUCCAAUUGUGGUUAGCACACAACACAGUGUUGUGUUGCCGUCGAGCACAUCGUCGGUGGUGGUGACAAAUUCGGUGAGUGUUGCCACAACAAAUGAUGUUCAAGGCGAUGUUGUGGUCAUUGAAUGCACCGGCGAUUCGAAUAUCGAUGGAAAAUCAACGGCAUCGACGAUGUCACCAUUGACAACACCAACCACCACCACAACCAAUAAUCGUACCAAAUUGAUUAACACCAAUAAUGAACCGAACACAAUUAGCAUCGAUACACGAAGCAUUGUACAUCAGAAGAAUUUAUUGAAUAAAGAAAAAAGUGAAGAGCUAUUGAAUGGCAACAGUCCACAAACAACUGUUAUUCAAUCACCGAUUAAAUGGAAUAUCAAAAAAUCGACCGUUGUUUCAUCAUCGCCAAUGAGUCCGGCCGUUAAUCAAUCGCCAUCACCACAAUUGAAUCAAUCGACCAAACAACGACCAAGUGAUAUUCAAACCACAAACACAAUGGUCUUCAAUUUUAGCAAUCGCAAAGAUGUGCCCGAUUAUAUUGAAAAUGAUGGACUGGUUAUUCGCAGAAAACGUGAACUACCUAAGCCGGGCGAAUCUGGUUUUGUGGUACUUGGUGAUCUAACGGUUGAAACAUCUACCGAUCCAGAACCAGACGAUUCAUGGAUAUGUGACCCACCAUCACCGUGUGAUGUUCAAUUCAAAAACGCUAAUGUUGUCAUCAACGGCAAAUCCAGCUUGCGAGAUAAAACGAAAACGGAUCCAAAGAGCAUUCGAUUCAAUGAGAAGUUGACGUCAACAUUUGAAUAUCCAUCGGAGAGUUCAUUGUGCGAUGAUAUUGGACUGAAUGGCGAUAAUUUCGAUGAUGAUGACACCGAUUUACUCUACAGCAAUGGCCAUUUCCUCGGUAGUUCACCAAUUGCAUCGGUGCCGUUGGGCAACUAUCAACCCAUCAAAAUAUUCAAUACGAAUUUUGAAUUAGGCGUUACACGUACACACAAUUCAUCACCAAAUCAGAAUACAUCACACAAAUAUCAAGCACCACCGCCACCACCACCACGCACACACAGUAAAGUACCAAAAUCAGUGUCAUCGCCAACGGCAAUCAGUUCUCCGGAUCGUCAGUCGUCACCGCAAUCACCGCAACAUCAGCAAUUAAUUAGUGUUGAUGGUUCGACAUCAGCCACACCAUCGUCAAAUGGUGGCGAACCGGAAAGUUUGCAGUAUUUAAAGCCGGCCAACGAAGAUGCGGUCGCCUGGAGUGAAGGCGCUAGUGAUUUAUUAUUCUAAUUUCCGUGUGUGUUUGGGUGCGUGUGUGUAUAUGUGUUUGUAUGUGUGUAAUUGGUAUGAUUAAAUGAGCUGAGAUAUAUUUAAGAUAAACAAACACAAAAUUGGAGAGAGGGCUUGAUGUUGACGCUCUCUUUCUGUGUGAAUAAAACGAACAAAAACGGAAAUGUUGUCUAUAAAAGUCGAUGAAAUCGAACAAAUUCGGAAUGAAAACAACAACAAUACACACAUUUUUAUACGUACUGUAGAUCAUUAGAUAUGUAAGGAAUAUAUUUUACGCUGUGCGUUCGCAAUAUAAUUAACGAUUCCGGACGGCAGAAAAAAAGUCCGAUGUAAUUUUGAUCGUUCUGCUCAAAAUUGAUAAUUGUUCGAUUAAUAAACACACAGUCGGUUUUUCUUUCGCCAUUCUGGCUUUCAUUCUCUCUAUCGUCGCGGUGAACGUUAUCAGCGUGUUAAUUUAAGAUUUUCUCUGUUUGAAACGUAAUAUUAUUAUUAUUAUUCUCUGCCCGAAAUUCCUGUAAAUAGAAACAUACACAUGGGUAUCAUUACAACUUCGACCCCGAAGAUGAAAAAAACAUUCAUAUAUUGAUACAACUCAACAACAAUUUAUUAUGCAUAUAUUAUUAACAAUUUUCUAAUAUAAUUAUUCGCCGUAGUUAGCAAUUUAAUAUCUUAUAAAAUC